AUGGACAACAGCAACAGAGAUGAGACAGCCAUGGAUGCCGUCGUGGCUGUCGGGGCAGGGGAAGAGCAUAUCGGUGGGAGGCUGAAUGUACGGGAUGACGACGACCGCAAGCGGCGUGAGGCGAUGCUCAUGAGGAGGCUCUUUCUUUUACUUGGAAUAUGCACGACUAUGCCAUGGAAUAGCUUGCUGACGAGCUUACCGAUUUUCACCCUUACGUAUUUCCCAAUGUACAAAUGGGGGACAUGGAGCGCUCAGAUCAACUCAGCAGCCCUCCUGCUGAUCCAGCCUUUACUUGGGUGGGUGAUGCCACGUAUUUCUCUGGCUUCCUGUUACCUGUCUUCGCUCGGAGCUCUGCUGGUGGCAACAGUCCUCGUGCCAUUAUUCGGCUAUUUGUUCCAGGCGACGUUUCUUGGAUUCGCUAUAUGCCUAUCCGCUCUCUUCGUUCUUGCCGCAGCAGGUGCAUUUCUGCAGGCUACAGCUUUCAUUCUGGCGGCCUCUGUGACUGACGAGAGGUACCUCUAUCAGUUUUUUGUGGGUCAGGCGGCGGCGGGAGUCCUGGCGGCUAUUUGUGGUUUUACGCCGUAUCUGAUCCGCGAGAUUCUUCAACAUGGAAGAUGGCAUGUCACACCCUUAACACAUAUCCCUGUAGAUGCACCACUUAGUCAAGAUGCCGGCUCUGCUGCACAGGCGAGUCCAGAACUCCCUCGUGACAGUGUGUUACCGGACGGCUCGAGAACCCACGAUACUGAAUAUUUGUGGUCUCUGUACAGCUCAAGUCUCGCUUUCACUGUCUGUACAUGUCUGACUAUCAUCUGCAUCAUUUCCUACCGGGCUCUUGGCAAAUCGAGACUGUUUUCGGCCCUUCUCGCUCUCCCGGCCUCUUCCCAGGAUACUGAGGAGGUUGUUCCUUUAGUGUCCGACGCCAGUUUGAACGGCCAAGCAGAAUCUACCGGGGUCCAAAUGUCACAGGCACGCCAGCAGGGGGCGGAUACAGCAAACGAGGCCGGGUUACACGGUCAUGAAAGCGAAUUGAGGAGGCGAAGUGUCCCAGCCGGCGAGGGAUCUGGCGAAGCUACCUCCACCUAUAGUGCACCUCCGGACAAAGCCACGUGGAUGGAUGAAAGAGUGCGGAUCGAGCAAACGAACCUUUUCCUUACUCUCUUUGUCACCGGCCUUGUCUUUCCAGCAUGCACGGCCGAAUGGCGUCCACAAGGUCCCGUUAGUGUAUCGACGGCGGGGAAUGCCUCCAACGCCACAGUGUGGGCCCUCGUUGUGUCGGGCUUCACUGCACAACAACUUCAACUUUUUCUGGCUACGUGCUUUCAAGCUGGAGACCUGGUCAGUCGUCUUUUCACGAGGUGGUUCAAGUGUCUUAUGCUGUCUCCUGAAACGGCGACGGGCGAACAGCUACGUGCGGAGGCAGAAGAGGCCGCCUGCGAAGCUGCAGGCCCGCACCCGUUGCCUUCCUGGAUAAAGAGAGAAGAGGAAACUGACGAGGAGGAAAGGAGAACAGAAGGGAGCGAGAGCACCAGAGAGCAGACGCAGAGUGGACGAGACACGGAAAGCGAGCGGGAGGAGCUGCGAACGGGAUCCGCGCACUCGCCUCUCACGGUGCCCGUGGUUAUGCGCGUCAUGUUCGUGCCCCUAUUCAUCAUUUCCCAGCUCGCCACACUUCCAUCCGCAACUCCCCCGCUACCUCCAACGACGGCCUUUGAUCUGAAGGCUUCCUCCGGCAACCCCACGUUUCCUGUCUCUCCUUCCCGUGCUCCGCGGCCCGACCUUUUUUCUUCCUCUCCUAAAUCUCCUUCUUCGUUUUUGUCCCUUGCGGCGUCUCUGACGGACGGCGUUGCAUCUCCUCUUGCGUCGGAUACCGCCUGGGGCUUCAUUCUUCAGCUUCUCUCCCACGAUGUUUGUCGUUUGUUUCUGAUGCUAGCUCUGGCAAUUAGCAACGGCCUGUACGCAACUGUAGCGGUCCUCAACGCGAACGCUGCUGCAGCUAUCGCCGCCCGCCAACUGACGAACCCAGGAGGAAGCGAGGUUCAGGCAGGCAGAGGCGAGAAUGUAGACAGAAGGGAAGACAACGGCGAACAGCAAAAGACGGGCAGAAGAGAGGGACAGGACGAAGACUCUGGAGACCUCGGGGGCGGAAGUCCUUCCAGUAGAGAGUCUCUGCUUCGAGAAGAAGACCGAGUGACUCCGCGGCCUCACUCCGCAGCUUCUUUCCCCGGGGACAGCAGGGAGGGACAGGGUGGAUUGCCUCUGAGGCGAAGAAGAAGCGCACUGGAGAGAUCAAGUCGAAGGAAGAGACAAGAGGUAGCUUUUGGCACCAAUUUCGGAGUGGUUGCGGGGGUGUGUGCAGGCAGUUGGUGCGGCGCCGCUCUCCAGUUUUUCGUGCCGCGCAGUUGGUAG